ACAAAUACCAAAUUGUUGGCGUGAUGCUUUAUGCCAGUGGAGCAUGUCCGCACGUCCAGCGAUCGCAGCAUGAUGGUGUACUUCAUCGGUAUCCUCUUCCUCCUCUUCUUCGUGCUCAUCUUUUGGGUCUUCCGCCUAGCACGACACCAGUACCGCGUCACCCGCGAGGCGCGACAAGCAAAGAAGAACCCCACCCUGCUCCCAGUCUACGCCGCCACCCCGUUCCCGACCUUUGGCAGCACGGCCGCGCUGGUCUGCGAGCGGCUCGUCCCGCCCGACGCCGCCGAACAGGCGCAGCACGGCGACACGCCGCCCAUGCGCGCCGCGGGGCGGCGCGUGAGUAUCUACGGGCACGACGGUGUGAACCGCGCGCAUCCAGAGGUCGGGAGCGACCCCGAGCUGCCUAGCUAUACGGAAGACCCGUCCGCCUCCAAACCCCUCCUCAUCUGCGACGACGAGUUCCCCCCGCCCCCGACCCCGCCGCCAGAGGCGCACGUCCACCACCCGCCGCGCGGCGCGUCGCCCGCCCCAGUGGUCCGCACCAAGUCGCGGCGGGACAGCACGAGCGCAAUGCUGACGGCAAUGAUGCCGCUUGGUGCUGGCGCCGUGCACUUCUGA